UUCUUCUUCAGCAAGAAACAGAUAAAUGACCAAAUUUUACAUGCCCAGAUAUUUUCCAGUGUGUUUUACUAAUAAGUUUCGUCGGUGAAUGAGUUAAAACUAUCGAGAAUUUCCGUGAAUCGAUCGAGCCCCCGAAGAUCGAAUGGCUCGUAUUGAAGGGCAAGUGGGGUAUAGCGAGGAUUUCAUUGUGAAUUCCCGGGGGAUGAAACUCUUCACUUGUAAAUGGUUUCCCGUAAAUCAAGAACCGAGAGCUAUGAUCUUCUAUUGCCAUGGCUAUGCCGUGGAAUGCGGCAACAUUUUGAACGAUAUAGCGACCAAGUUUGGGAAUGAUGGGUUUGCGGUGUACGGAAUAGAGUACGAAGGGCACGGAAGAUCAGAUGGUCUCUCUGCCUACAUCAAUGACUUCGAUGUCCUAAUCGAUGAUGUCUACUCGCAUUUCUCAAAAAUAUCUGAGAUGGGAGAGAAUCCGAAGAAAAAGAAGUUUCUGAUGGGAGAGUCGAUGGGAGGAGCGGUGGCGCUCCUCUUGCACCGCAAGAAUCCCGAGUUUUGGGACGGAGCGAUCCUUUUAGCUCCCAUGUGUAAGAUCGCUGAAGAUGUGAAGCCGCCUAAGAUAGUGAUAUCUAUGAUGCAAAUGAUAACCAAAGUGAUCCCAACUUGGAAGUCUGUAAUCUCCAACGAUAUCAUCGAGGUCGCCUUCAAACAGCCCGAAGCCAGAAAAUCGAUUCAAGAAAAUCCGCGUUGCUACAAAGGGCGGCCUCGCUAUAAAACCAUGAGUGAGCUUUACAGAGUCAGCAUCGAUCUCGAACACCGGUUGAACGAGGUGACAAUGUCGUUUAUAGUGUUGCAUGGGGAAGAGGACAAGGUGACAGACAAAGAAGCAAGCAAGGAGCUUUACAACGUUGCCUCGUCAAAAGACAAGACGUUGAAGCUUUACCCUGGAAUGUGGCACAGUCUUCUGUUUGGAGAGCCUCCGGAGAAUUCUCAGAUCGUGUUCAACGAUAUAAUUCAGUGGCUAGAAGAAAGAACGACAGAGUCUAGGGUUUCUUCUGACACAGAUGAUCAUGCUGGUAAUGUUGAUCACGGGCCAAGAUCCCAACUUUGAGCUGUGUCGCUUUUGUCUUGUCCGGUCUUGUCUAAACCGGGAUUAAACCGAUUUGAAAUCUAAAUGUAACUACUGGUUUCGAACCCGAGA